GGAUACCGAUGGCCUUCUGGGCUGCAAGAGCACACUGCUGGCUCAUGUUCAGUUUUUCAUCUAGCAGGAUCCCUAAGGCCUUCCCCAUAUCUGCUGCAGCCAGUUCUCCUUUCUCAUUUAGCAGAGGAGGUAUGCUCUCUUUGGCUUGUCUCUUCUGACCAGCGUGCCCUUAGAACCCCUUCUUGUUUUGACAUCCCAAGUUCAGUUCCAUCUGUAAAGACGUGCUAAAGCACAUCAAGCCCAGAUUUUUUCCACACAUGAAGAGGAUUAUUUUAGGAGAAACACAGGUGCACACACCCACUUCAUUGGGAAAAAAAAAUAAAAAAUAGGCCAUGGUAUUUGACAUUUUAAAUAAUAGAAAUAAAGCUCGGGGAAGCAAUUGCUGAACCAUAGAUCGGGCUGAGCCUGACAGCUGCGUGUAUCGGAUGGUACUGGCUGUUCUCCUUCAGUGCUCACCGAGUCCAAAAUCACCUCUAGAGAUACUUCUGAUAUCUAAAAGUGGAACAGGUAAAAUUGCAGCCUGCUUGAGAACUGCCCAGCACAGGAGCCAGGGCUUUGCUCCCCAGCUGGCCGGGUUAGCACAGGACGGGCUGCCCACAUGGUGCUUCAACUCAGAGCUUUUGUCUGGCCAAAGGAUGGGCACAGCAGUGAUGGGACCCGGGCUUGGCCAGCCACGUCUGGGGCUGCAGGUGGGUCUUCAGAUAACCUUGGGUGUCCGCUAGGCAUUUGGGGUCAGUGUGUUUUCCUUGGGUGUGGAGAGAGAGAACUUCAUUUUGGGAGUCACGGCGUUUGCCCUUUACAAGCGCUUUUCACUGAUUGCAUUUGAAGCAGUGGUCGUUACUGAGUGAGGAAUGAUGGAAUCGUUAUUCCAUCUCAUUUGGGUGAAAAAAUCACGCUGUAAGCUUAUCAUGAAUGCUGCCAAAUGCCAUUUCAAGUGCUGUGAAAAGAGUGUUAUGUUUCCUUAUCUGAGGGCUGCUGUGAACUCCUGGAGUCAUUAAUGCAAGAAAAACAGAUCAUAGAAAAUGACACAGGAAGCACAGCAGGAGGAAUGACUGCUUAGCUAGAAACUGCACACACCUCACAUACGUAAUGCUUUGCAGUCUAUCAGAAGAUCCUAUCCCUGUCAGAUAGCAGUAAGACAUUCCCGGGGGUGGAGUGAAGUGAAUUUAUCUCAGGAACGAGCAGGUUCUGCUUUGCUAAGCUGGCUGCUGUGCUCAGUUCGGGAAUUUUCCACUCACCUCUGUUAUCCACCAGCACAGAAAUCCCAAUUAGGGCUACUUACCUGAUUAGGUAACGGCUGUCUGCAACUUACCUGUCCUUCUGUGGGCUCUCCUCUGCCGUCCUGACUGCUCGCUUGAAAAAUUGCUGCUUUGGAGGUAUGCCUUAAAAACGUGUCGUGGAAGGGACUGUGCUCCUGUUCCUAGCAGAAGGCAGCUGCGAGGCAGCCCUGGUGUUACUCAGAGAAGGGCUGUCUGGUGAUGCUGCAUGGGGCUGUUAUUGUCUUUUAAUGUCUGGUUCAUUAGCGCAGCACUCACGUUUGCAGGGGGAUGAUGCUCUGAGAUGCUGUCAGAAAGGGGUGGUGUGGCCCGAGGAGGUGGUCGUGGCUGGCUCUGUGCUUGCUGCCUUUUUUUUUCCAUCAGCAUUUGCUUCCAUCAGUGCAGGCUUAGGCUAACUGGAUUGAAGUGCUUAUUAUAAUUUUGUGCUGUGACUCAGAUUAUAGCACAGACUGUUAACGUGGAUGCAAGCCGCAGGCUGACAGAGAUUGGUAGGCAGCUCAGCUAUGCUGGAAAUAACAGCUGAAAAACCUCCCUUUAAGAGUGAAGAUAGGCAUUAGCCAACAUCAGAAAUCAGUGGUUAGUUCCUGAGAUUGCUAGUUAGAACACGCCAAGAUUGCAAGCCCUCUGUGAAGGAUGUAUAUGAGAAGAAUCAUUCAGCCAGUGAUACGUUGGGAACACGUCUGUUUAGUUCUCUUAAAUCACCCACCCCUCCUGGUGAAGGCACAACAAGGGGACACAGAUCCCCAUCCGUGAUUCCUUAUGAACACAAUUCCCUGCUGGCUGAAUCAGCAAAGGGAUCUGAGUGGCCACAGCUGCCGAGACCUUCUGAUAAUUUGCAUUCUCCACCUCCUGCCCUUAUUGCAGCACUGAGCCAGUCCCUCGUUACCAUGGGGCUGCUGGUUGUGAGCUCAGCCCUGCACGGAGGCACUGUGGGAGAACUCUGACAACAGGUGCCUUUGUCAGCACACCUUGGCAGCUCCCAUGCAGUGAGCUGGGAGCAGCAGCAGUGAGUGCUACGUGUUCCUUCUGCAAGGAAAGGAACCCACGGGGCACCUCCUGAAGCCAAAGAGGAGGCGGUCGUGCAAAGGGCUUCUGAAAACCUGAGCAGGUUUGAGCGUAUCAGGUAUGGUUUUUGUUUGACGUGGCACAAGGAGCAGCCCCGUGAGCUGGAUGUUGUGUCAGGAUCUGACUCUGAGCUACCUCUGCCGUGGGAAGCACUUGCAAAAGCUCUGCACGCCUCUGAAGAGAGAGAUGGAUUUUUUAAAGCAGAAUUACAGAUGCAUUUUGAGUUAAAAAAAACCCUUCCUUCAUCCUGCAAGGGUUAAGCGUGGUCAGAAGCUGCUUUGGUCCCAAGGAUUUAACCUCAAGUACUGCAUUUUUGUUUGCCAUAAGCCUAUUAGAGUUCUCUCAGUUUCCUAGCAAUAACUUGUAAUUUCCCCCCUAUUUAAGUGAAAGAGGUGUCGGUUUAAUCCUGAACCAUACAGCCGUUGCUCAAGUUUCCUAUUCAAAUGCAAAUAACACCUGGUGCUUUUUAGACACCCAUGUAAUCUGUGACAAGGAUACUGCAGGAGCACAGGAAAAAAAAAAAAAAAAAGAAGAGCAAGGUGCGUCUUAACCCAGUUUGCUCUGGAAAGCGAAAGUGUAACCAUCUGCUACCGACUCAUUCAACUGGAAACUUCCAGCCGAGCUGCAGCACCCGGCCUGUGCUCCUUGGGGACAGCCGAAAAGAUCGUGCUCCUGAAACAGGUCAGAUGUGCUGCUGGGAUGGACAGAAGGCUUCCAGAGAGAAGAACGUAGCGGAUGUUGCCAUGCGGGAGCGCGGAUUUGGUUGGAAGUUUCACCUGAAAGGAGUUUGUUCUGGAGGUGAUCAGUUUGUUUCCGCAGACUGCUUGCUGUGAUUCUCCUGUUCUCAUCCCUGCGCUGGCUUUUGGUCUGUGUCAGAUGUUAGGAUAAACAAAUUGACAUCUCGGAGUAAUUUGGGAGGCAGCUAUGCUUUGUAAGGCUCAGAGACAAGAUAGCGCGCUGCUUAAAUAAAAGCAGAGUAGUCCUGGGUUUGGGCUAAAAACCUUCCACUGCGAAACUUUCCAGUUGGAUCAGUUGGUCUCGUUUCACUUGUGGAAGCUCAGGCUUAUUCAAAAGGUUCUACAGACUUCACUGCCUUUUGCACAACUGUUGUACUGCGUUACAAGUGGAACCAAAGGACUCUUCGGGGGGGGAGGGUGUGACUUGGUACCGUUACCUUCUUGCUCAUAGCACAAAAUGCAGCUUGGAUUUGUGUAGAAGAAAAAGUGAAUGUUCUUCAGCGCUUCGGAGGAGAGAUUUAGAAACCUGUGGAAAGCUGAGAAAUGUUUGAAAGACGUCAUCGUAACACCAUCCUCUGUGGAUUUAGAAAUAAGCCAGGAGGACCCGCUUGCUGGGAAGCAAGCUAACCUGCUAAAGAAGGUUAUCAGCUCUCAGUGGAGAAAAGUAGGGAAAAGUAUCAAGUCUGAGAAAACAGAAGCGAUCGCAGUCCUGCCAUCAAGUGCUGGUGGGUCAGUUCUUCCUUAACACUAAUCUGGUUUGGCUGCUGCUCGUUCCUCUUCAGCCUGAUACUGGAAUUUCAAGUACUCGCUGGAUUUUUUCAGCCUUCAGGAGACGCUUUUGCAAGCAGACCGCUGAGAAUGCGAGCAGGUGUUCUUCCUGCAAUAAUAAGAGGCACCCUGGAGAGGGAGAUCUGUGCAGGAGGUAUUUGCUAGGUCGGGUUUGCUCCUGACACUCCUUCCUCAUUAGCUCUUCAGGUGGGUGUGAACAACUGACAAAGAGCCGUGCCAAGGCUCGGGCUCACGCUCCCACUGCUAACGGCAGGAUGAUGGAAGAGGUGUCCAUCAUGGUGGCUUACGACGCGCACGUUUUCAGCCAGCUGUACGAUGAGGACUUUCUGGCCAAUCUGGUGGCAGUCAGCAAGCCCAGAUCUGUGGUGCCAACAAAAAAACUGAAGAAAUAUGAGAGAGAGUACCAAACAAUGCGAGAGAGUCAGCUGCAGCAGGAAGAUCCUAUGGACAGAUACAAGAGGGAAAACCGCAGGCUCCAAGAAGCUAGCAUGAGGCUGGAGCAGGAGAACGAUGACCUUGCCCACGAGCUUGUAACAAGCAAAAUUGCCUUACGGAAUGACCUGGACCAGGCUGAAGACAAAGCAGAUGUUCUGAACAAAGAGCUUCUCCUGACCAAACAGAAACUAGUGGAGACUGAGGAAGAGAAAAGGAAGCAGGAAGAGGAAACUGCUCAGCUGAAGGAAGUCUUCAGGAAGCAGCUGGAGAAGGCAGAAUCUGAGAUUAAGAAAACCACAGCUAUUAUUGCAGACUACAAACAGAUUUGUUCCCAGCUGAGUACCAGGCUGGAAAAACAACAGACUGCCAGUAAAGAUGAACUGGAAGUUGUAAAGGGUAAAGUGAUGGCCUGCAAACAUUGCAGUGAGAUUUUCAGUAAGGAGGGGACACUGAAGCUGCCUGCUCUAAGCCUGGAUAAUAAAGGCUUAGAAAUAGAUGAUGAGAAGGAUGCACUGAAGAAGCAGCUGAGAGAGAUGGAGCUGGAACUUGCACAGACCAAACUGCAGCUUGUGGAAGCCAAGUGCAAAAUUCAGGAGCUGGAGCACCAGAGGGGAGCCCUUAUGAAUGAAAUCCAAGCUGCCAAAAACUCUUGGUUUAGCAAAACCCUGAACUCUAUCAAAACUGCCACAGGCACACAGCCACCGCAGCAGCCUCAGCCGUCCCUGCCACCCAAAGAGGGCAGCACAUAGUUCCAGCCAGACCUAACACAAGAGCACAAAGAACAACACAACUGAAACACUGGGGGAGUCUUCCAGUGGUCUCUCCUCUCGGGUAAAGGACAAAAGGCAGGCGUGCAGGCUUGAAGUGAAAUCUUCAGUGUUUUUCAUUCAUUCUGAUGUGACCCUUUUCAAAGAGGGUAAAAAUAUAUUGUUUUACGUUGAAUUCCUACUUCCCAAACUGCCUUGCUGAAAGCCACGUUCUGAUACCUUCAUACUUUUACACUUUAUUUUAUAUGACUAGAUGAAUAAAUAAUUCAAAACUAGCUCUUUAA